AUGGAUCUCUGCCCCAACUUCGACCUCCACGCCCUUAUUCUCGCCAACGGCGCUGCCUUUGCGGAGAAUGAAGCCAGAUCCAUUCUCGCCCAAUUGAUGACAGUCGUCUCCCACUGCCAUAAGAAGGUGGUGAUUCACAGGGACAUCAAGGCCGACAAUGUGCUGUUCGAUUUGUGGAAUUCGGUGAAAUUGGCAUAUUUCGGGUCGGCGGAGAUGGUGGUCGGGGGCGAGGCGGCGACCGGAAUUGUGGGGACUCCGUACUACGUCACGCCGGAGGUCUUGUCUGGGUGGGAAUACAGGGAGAAAGUGGAUGUGUGGAGCGCUGGUGUGGUUUUGUACAUAAUGCUCGCCGGGUUCCCGCCGUUUUACGGGGAGACGGCGGUGGAGAUCUUCGACGCCGUGUUGAGGGCGAAUAUCAGGUUCCCGCUGAGGGUUUUCCAGUCGGUUUCGCCCAAGGCUAAGGAUCUGCUGAGGAGGAUGCUGUGUAAGGAUGUCUACAGGAGGUUCUCUGCAGAGCAAGUGCUCCGGCAUCCAUGGAUGACUAUGGAGGAGUAA